CUUAGUCUAAUUAAAGCCUAACAAAUCCGAGAGCAACAGUAGGCCAUCCAUGUAUAUUCUUACUUAAUAAGAAAAACUCACUCGUCUCCCUUUCGCUUAUAACAACAGCAACAUCUAAUUAAACCCUAACACCCGCUAGCGGCCGUCCCUCUCUUUAUCUCCCCGUGCAACUCUUCUUCCCGGGACGUGAUUGAUCAAAGAUUGACUGUGAAAUGGGAAGCUAAUGGACAAGAAUUAUUUGAGCCCGCACAGAAGCAAGGAAAUGGAUUGGAGAUGCGUUGCUCUCUUCAUGGCGGUGGUCUCAAUCAAUUGUCCGUUAGCGGAAGAGAUGGCGAUUAGAGAGUGGGGUUCUGGAUCAUGGUCUGUAGACGCGAGGAAGGCUGCUCUUCGAAUUGCUAGGCUCCGGAUGGAGAGGCGCCAUAAAGAUGCAAGGAAGACUGCUAAGCUGGCGGUACAAAUGUUAACGGGUAAAGCUAGUGAGGUUCUUUCUUGGCAUGCUGGCGGCCAUUACGGUGAUGAAGGAAACAAAUAUAGAUGGACGGUGGGUGAUGGAAUGAUCGGUGGGCUUCCAAUGAAAUGGGUCACCGUCACCAUUUCUCUAGGAGUGGGGGUUAUGGUGUUGAUUAAUCAACGAGGUCGUGAGGAGUCCCACGAAAGCGGGAGAAGCCAUGUAUAAGAUGGAUAGAAUUAUUUGUUUUGGGUUUUGAAGAGGUGGGGUAGAUCAGAUGGUCACGUAAUUAAACCUUGUUCGAGUCAAUUGACGUGAUAACAAGGUGAGUGUAAAGGGGGUAAAUUCUACGCCUUACGGUAUUUAAGUUUUUGAGAUUUGACUGCUAUGUGCCGUACUUGCCUUUGUAUGCUUAUAUGAUGUCAUAUGAUUUGUGUGAGUUAUGCUUCCAGUUUUAUGUUGUUGUGUGCUUUACUUACAAGUAAGUUUAAGUUAAAGAGUGAAGUUCUUUUUAAGAAGUAACUCAUCUUCAAGAAGGUGAAGUCGUUUUAAGUGUUUUUAGUCACUAGCGCCAGUCCGUUGCCUUUUGAGACAUUUUGAGAUAGAGCAGCAGUUAUGCUAUUGAGACUUUUAAGAUGAGCAGCAGUUAUGCUCUUGAGAAUCGUGGUGAAGAGCCACCACGAUAAGUUUAAGAUGUUAUGGGGAUGAAUCGUUACGACUCCCCUAACUAAGUUUAAGUUUAAGGAAAGCCUGGAUGGCUUCUCAUACGUAUGAGUUGGCAACCGAACUAGCUAGUGAGGGAUCCCCAUGUCAGUCAAGUAUUUAAGUCAAGAUUUGAGCUUUAAGAGAGGAGAGUAACUUCAACUCCCUCAAAGUUUAAGAGUUAAGAUUUUAAGAUUGGAAGUACAAACAACUUCCACUAGUUAAAGUUAAGUGUUUAAGUAAAGUACUCAAGUAUUA